AUGUCUUCGAAUUCUACAAAUCCUCCAGAAGACCUCUCAUCAUCGUCGAACGUCACUCAGACUCCCGCAAAACCAUAUGAAUCGCCUAUGAAUGGUAACUCAACGCCCAUAGGUCGAUCACGGGCACUCAGAGCCCGUCCUUCUGAUCCCGGUCCUUCUUCCCUGCCUGCACCUACACCCAAAACACCAAUAACCACACCUGUCAACGUACGUGCGCCCACACCCAAGGAGUUCAACCAGAUAUCUCGACGGCUGGGAGAUGAAAAUAUCAGAGAGAAGAGGGAAGAGCUGCUAGUGGAGAAGGAGAAACAGCUGAAGAGAGUGCUGGAUAGUCAUGAUGAUGCUAUCAGAGAACAGUUUCAUCUGGAGAGGUUUGUAACGAUGAUCACGGGAUGGGAUCCUCAGGCGGCCAAAGUGGACAACUCACCCGUAUUUCUCGAAUGGAAAGAACAACGACACAAUCUCCUUUCACUUCUUCCACCAUCUACCUCAUUGCCUACUGGAUCAGCAUCCGCUGGACCUUCCCGACCUGCUUCAUCCGUCCCUGCUCGUACUACCCGUCGACUGGCUCACGAACAAUCUGAAAUUCUGAGUCAUGUCGUCACACCCGCCGCUCCUCCUAUGGUUCGUCAGAUAUCCCCUAAAAAGUUUAUUAUAAAAGGGAAUGGAGUAUCUUCUUCCUCAGCGCCUCUCAGUGACAAAGCCAAAGGCAAGCGAAGGGCAAGUGACGUACCGAUAGAUGAUGUACAGGUAGCGGAAGGAACCCCAACGAGAGGUAAACCAGGUAGAAAACCUAGACAGACGGUGAGCACGGCCGAAAUGCCGCCACCUCCUAUACCAACACAGGCGAAGAAAGGUAAAGUCUCACGUCGGACAACUAUGGGUGCUUCUGCUGAAGAAAUCGCCGCGGAGGUAGAAGUGAAAGAGGAAAUACAGGAUCCCGGAGGUGGUGGCAAAGGGAAGAAACGAGCAAGACAAUCGUUGCCUAAUCUACCUGCUGCGAAGAAGACCCGCCAACAUCAAAUACCAGCAGAAGAGCAGGUGGCUAGCCCUUCACCAGUCAUAGAGACAUCCACUCCUCGCGAACCCCCACCGUCACCUACUCCUGCUCCUGCACCUCUACCUUCUUUAGCUCAUUUACCAUUUCCUCCUCCACCCAAACGACCAAUGGAACGACUCAGGGGCUCUAAGACUAUCCAAUAUACCGAGCCUUCCCAGAAACCUCCGUCAUCUCCCAAGUAUGAUCGUCAUAUAUCGCCGAUUUUGGAAUCGUAUAUCCACCUGGAAGAUAGUGGACCAACGCUGGAUUUGAAAACGCUCGAGAGUCGAGCAGCUAAAGAUGGAUAUUUCAGAGCUAGGGUCGUGUACUUACAAUCCCACGGGAGAUUACAGAGAUUGCUAGAUGAAGCUGAAGAUGAUCAAGUGUCAUUAACCAUAUCUAAGAAUACGAGUAAAUCGCAAUCUAGUAAAUUACCACCUAGGAAGACGGAUUAUCAAGAUUCGCUUAUGGCUCAUAUGGUACAGGUGAGGAAUGCGAUGUUGAAUGAGGCCAAGAUGAAGCCUGUUGUAUGUAAGAGGAUAGCAAGGAUGAUACAGGUAUAUUGGGAGAGGAUAGAAGGUAGAGAAGAGCGAGAACGACUCGCAGAGGAGAAAGAGAAGAAGAGAUUAGGUAAGGAGUUGAUUAAAGGAUUAAGGAAAAGAUGGGCUUUAGCUGUCAAAAUUGUUCGAGCGAAAUUAUUGGAAAUCCAAAAGAUCGAACAGGAUCGUCUGGGAAAAGAACAUCUUCAGAAUAUCUUACAGCGUAGUACUGGGUUGCUGGAGGCUCAAGUUGCCGGACCAGAGCUGGAUGAGGACGGAGAUGAGGAUGCUGAUAGUAAUGUAUCAGAUGCUACUGAAGAUGUUUCGGCGGCGGAAGAUAGUGACGAGGGUGAAGGUCUGGCGGAAGGAGAAGAGGGUGUACCAGUUGAAUCGUCCGUGCCCCCUGAGACUCCUCUUGAGGAUGAGGAUGAAGAUCUAGAAAAUGAAGAGGAUGAGAAUGAUGAGGAGAAGGAGGAUGCGAGUGAAGACGAUGAUGAUGAUGGAGUUCAGCCAGAUUUGCGGAUUCUCAUUGGAGAAGAUGAAGAAAUGGAUUUCAACGGUGAGGAAGAACCCGCCGCAAAUGAAGACGAAACGGUCAUUGAAAAGGUAUCGGACCUCGCCAACAAACAUGAUCAGAUAUCACCACAUUCGGACAGAUACCCGCACAUCGACAUCAGUACGACUAGCAAUGGACCACAAUCAUCUCCUUCGCAGAUCCCUUCAUCUGCCCCAGACCCUCUCGACCUCACCACUCGCCAUACCACCACCCAACCCGAAGUCAACGGUCAUAGUUCACCCCAAAAACCUUCCACGCCCAUUCCCAGAUCCCGUCGAGCAAGAAAGAUAAAACUUCCUGUAUCUCUACCCAAUGAGGAGGAUCCCGACAUCAAUGAUAUCGAGUUCACUGCGACAAAUACGUCUGAUGUCGAUGAUCAAGAUGCAGAGUUGGACGUAGAGAUGGAAGACGAGGAUGAAGGCCAAGAGAGAGAUAGCGAAGAUGAGGGAUUGCUGAAGGAUGCUGAUGUGCCUAUCGAGGAGCUGUUGAAGAGGUAUGGGUAUCCUGUGCCUGGCGAGCGGUAUGAAGAAGUAGAUGAGGAUGACCAUGAUCAGCAAUAUGGUCGUGACAUCGAGGCAGAUCAAGGUAUAGAACACGCUAUCGCGAUGAACGAGGAGGGCCUAACGACAAAGGUCAAUGGCGACCAAGCUGACGACGAAGCCGAUAUCGGCGAACCAGUGGAAACACCAGCCGAGGUCCAUGUAGAUACUCUCAGAAACGCUCAAUCUUCCCAGAAAAUCGCUACCGACAAAUCUCUUCUCGACGAUCGUUUACCAGAGACUCUCACAUCGCCUCAACUGAUCGUCGAAGGCAAGCGUCAAAGAAGGGUACGAUCGGUGUGGUCUCCCGAUGAGAAAACGCCGCAGCAUCUCUCUUCCAGUCGACGUCCGAAGAUUGAGGUAGUGGACGAUCAGGAGCAGGAGUCCAGUCCCGAACCUACUUCUUCUGAAGAGGAAGAGGAAUCGUCUGACGAAGAAGAUGAGAAUGAAGAAGAAGGGGGUAAAAGUAUGGAGGUGGAUGAAGAAGGACCGAGAGUCAGACAACCCUUCUUGCUUCGAGGUACACUCCGACCAUAUCAGCAAGCUGGUCUGGAAUGGUUAGCAAGUCUCUGGGAGAAUGGAAUGAAUGGGAUUUUGGCGGAUGAAAUGGGUUUGGGUAAAACCAUUCAAACCAUUUCCCUACUUGGUCAUCUAGCCUGUGACAAAGGAAUUUGGGGCCAACAUCUCAUCAUCGUGCCGACGUCCGUCAUACUGAAUUGGGAAAUGGAGUUCAAGAAGUUCUUACCUGGAUUCAAGGUCUUGACGUAUUAUGGGAAUCAGAAAGAACGUAAGGAAAAGCGAGUGGGAUGGCUUAGCGAGACCUCUUGGCAAGUCUGUAUAACAUCCUAUCAGAUCGUUUUGGCAGAUCAACAUAUUUUCCGAAGAAAGAAUUGGUCUUACCUCAUAUUGGACGAAGCGCACAAUAUCAAGAACUUUAGAUCGCAACGGUGGCAAACUCUCUUGGGAUUCAAAGCUUCUAGAAGACUCCUCCUGACCGGUACACCCCUCCAAAACAAUCUGAUGGAGCUGUGGAGUUUGUUAUACUUCCUCAUGCCCGGCGGAAUUGGUGCGGACGCCACUGCAGUAGUAGGGUUUGCGAAUCAUAAGGAAUUCAUGGAAUGGUUUUCAAAUCCCAUGGACAAAGCAAUCGAAACUGGCGAUGUGAUGGACGAAGAAACCUUGGCGACGGUCUCGAAGCUUCACACACUCUUAAGACCUUUCAUCCUACGUCGACUAAAAUCAGAAGUGGAAACUCAAUUACCUGGAAAAUUCGAACAUGUCGUAUAUUGUAAAUUGUCGAAACGGCAAAGAUUCCUCUACGACGAAUUCAUGUCUCGAUCAUCUACCAAAGAAGCUUUGACGACCGGCGGAUAUCUCGGAGUGAUGAAUACCUUGAUGCAACUCAGAAAAGUGUGUAAUCACCCUGAUUUGUUCGAAGUUAGACCUGUUAGAACUAGUUUCGCUAUGGACAGUGUGGCGAGGGACUUUGAACCUCAGGAGAUCCUCGUCAGACAACGCUUACUCGCUGAAGAAGACGAUAGCAAGGUCGAUAUCUUCGCGCUAGGGAUGGCGAUCACCACGAAUGAACUGGAAUCCGGAUGGGUAUGUCGAUCGAGACAAUCGUUAGAUGCGAGUGACAAGUUACCUCAUGCGGUCGAGCCUGUCAUCACUCGACGUGGCAAACCGCCUGCUGGACCAAAGAAAGAUACUAGAACAGUUGAAGGAUGGCUGAAAUACCAAGCUUGGGCUCAGGAACAAGCUAGUAUACUCCGGUGGAGAUCUUUACGAGAUGUCAACAGGAGAAGAUGCUCACCCCAACCUAUAUACGGCUCAACUUUCUUGGACAUACUUGGUCAUACACCUAAUUACCUCUUGCCGCUCACUUCAGCACCGAGGAAAGAUGAAUUAUUCGCUGAAUAUCGACCUCCAGCAAGUAAUUUAGUUUUGUCUCUACCGGAUCGAGCAAAGACUCUGGAUCCGAUAAUCGACCUGUUCGCUGUAAUCCCACCCAAUGUCGUGGCUAGAGAUAUGUCCAGAUAUGCUUUACCAAAUCUGACUCCUUCGUCUCACCCAUUAUUGACAGAAGAGUCGUUCGACACACUUCAUCGAUCGACCGUCAAAUUGCAGAUCGCCUUCCCCGAUUCAAGCUUACUUCAAUACGAUUGCGGUAAACUGCAAACUCUAUACACGAUGUUAAGGGAUCUCAAAGCGGGUGGACAUAGGGUGUUAAUCUUCACUCAGAUGACUCGAGUAUUGGAUAUACUGGAGAUCUUCUUGUCGUACAAUGGACAUCGAUAUCUACGAUUAGACGGAUCGACUAAAAUUGAAGAUCGACAAGUGACAACUGAGCGAUUCAACUCUGAUCCAAGGUAUUUCGUAUUUAUAGCUAGUAGUCGAUCUGGUGGAGUUGGUAUCAAUCUGACUGGAGCGGAUACGGUCUUUUUCUACGAUUCAGAUUGGAACCCCUCGAUGGAUCGACAAUGUAUGGAUCGGGCGCAUCGGAUAGGUCAAACGAGAGAAGUACAUAUCUACAGAUUUGUCAGUUCCCAUACGGUCGAGGAGAAUAUGUUGAAAAAGGCUGAACAGAAGAGAUUGUUGGAUAAGAUGGUAAUUCAACAGGGGGAGUUCAAUAAUGAUUGGUGGGGAAGAGUAGGUUGGAAAGAUAUGUUUGGAGAUGUAAACGAACAAGAGGUGAAAGAAGGGAAGGGAGGGGAAGAUGGAGAUGGAGAUGGGGUAGUAGAUGUUGACGUGGAAGGUACGCCUACAGCAGAGGAGAUAACCAAACUCAAACCUAGAGUAGGACAAGAGAGGGAAUUGGCAAGAGUAUUGGCUCAAGUGGAAGAUGAAGAGGAUGUUGCUGCUGCCAAGAUCGCUCAGAAUGAAAAUGAGUUGGAUUUCCAAGAAUUCGAUGAAGUGCCCUCAACCGGUGACGCCGCUAAGAAACAUCAACCCCAAAAGGUAUCCUUUGAUGUUGAAGGAUCGAAUACUCCGAUAACUCCCCAGACACCUGCUGUCGGACAGGAUGGAGAGGAAGAAAGGGAAGGGGAAGGCGAAUAUGAGGAUGAUGGGAUAGGUGCGAUAGAUGAAUAUAUGUUGAAGUGGGUUGAAGAGGAUUGGAUAACUUAUUUCAUAGGAUUUAGAGCGUGA